AUACGACUUUUCUAUAAUCCCAUUUUGCAAGUGGAAAUGCGAACUCUCGCUCAUACUAUACAGUGCACACAUAGGAUGCAAUGCCCAGAACGGAUAUGUAGCCUGCUUGAGUAAAAUGUAAGCGUCACUUAAUACCGAUUAUAUUGAAUUCAAUUAUAGCAGACCGCUAUUGAGCACGCCAAAGAAAUGAAUGUGAUGACGCAAUGAGUUAAGUGGGCGGAGACUGGUCAGGCAAAAGGAACCAUGGCUUCCGUGCAAGCCGAGCCCACAGGUCUGGCCGAAGGCAGAUUGUGUAAAGGGGAGUCCAUGGAGGAGAGGAUGGAAUCACCUGGGGACCGAGAGGAGGAAGGAGACACAUUGAGAAACGAGGAGGUAGCUUCCAGACUGGUAUCCUCCCCCGGAGCAGAGGCGGAGCUAAACGGAACCUAUGAGAUUGCAGAGGUGGGGAACGGACACCAGUGCCCCACCCCCCUGGUCUCCCUGGGCAACAAGUCUCAGGUGGUCACAGAGAAUGGGAUGUUGGAGACCGACCCACCUCACGGUUCCGUCACUGGGAGUAAUGGAUACAUCCUCAGCAAGCAGCAGCAGCAGGAGGGGGGGUCUACAACGGGGACAGGCUUGGUGGCUGCCCCACACAGGACUAGCUGGUUGCCCUCCGGCACCACAAUGGUGGGACACACCACCACAACCUUCCUGUCCUCCGCAGCAGGGCAUGCCCACAGUCCUGGUGCACUAAGAACUGACAACCACCAGGCCGGCUCCCCGUCGGGACAGGGGGACUCAGACACAGAGACUAAAAAUGGCACGUCCCCUAGCGACUCCCCCGCCCCCUCUCCGCUGUCCAUCGCCAUACACCGAGCACGCAAGACCAUGUCCAGGCCAGCGUCCAACCAGACACUAAAGCUUCUAAACAGGGCAUUAACAGAACCAAACGGUGCAGACGAGGAGAGUCUGAAUGGACCAGAGGAGGAGAAGACAUCCACCUCCCAGAACCAGCUACCUCAGAGCCAAAACGACUUGCCGGCUGCAGCCACAGCCAAGUCCCAGACAGCAGCAUCGGCAUCGAGGAAGAAGAAAAGGAAGAUGGGAACGUACAGUCUGGUCCCCAAGAAGAAAACCAAAGUGCUGAGGCAGCUGACAGUGGUGGAGAUGUUUAGUCAACUUCACCAAUCAACUCAAAGCACACAGCCUAAAGAGGUAGCACACGUCAACGGGGAAAGGAUGGAGAAUGAGUCAGAGGAGGAAGAUUUGGAAGAUGGAGAGGAAUGGGAGGAGGAGGAGGAGCAGGGUGGAGAGGAAGGUGUCCCCACGGGCCAGGAGAAGAGUCGAACAUCAUGCCUUGCCCUUCAGGGAGAGGAGCCGGACUCUGAGGAAUCAGCUGAAGAGGAAGAAGAGGAGAACGAGUCUGACUUGAGCUCGGAAUCCAGCGUGAAGAAGAGAUUGAAAAAGAAAGUAAAGGGAGACAGCGCCUGGCUCCGGCCAUCCAGGAAACGGAAAAGGAAGCCUAAGCCCAAGAUUGAGGGACUCCCUGGCACAGGACCCCAGCCCCAGGACCAGGCAGGCCUCAAUAAGGAGUACACAGAGGUUCCCCUCCACUUACUCAACCUCAAAGCCCAGGAGAAGCUGCUCUCCUCACUGCACACAGGAGUUUCUGGGGCUAUGGGAAGUGUGGAGCCAGAUAUGGUGCAGGAGCUGCCCCUCUGCAGCUGUCGCAUGGAGACGCCCAAGAGUCGGGAGAUCCUCACGCUGGCCGACAGGAAGUGCAUGGCCACGGAGAGCGUUGACCGACAGCUGAGCCGGUGUCAGAGUGCGGUUCUAAAGCAUGAGAUGAUGCGUCCCUCAAAUUCUGUGCAGCUGCUGGUGCUGUGUGAGGACCACCGGGCCGGCAUGGUCAAGCACCAGUGCUGCCCCGGCUGUGGCUUCUUCUGCAGAGCCGGUACGUUCAUGGAGUGCCAACCGGACAUCAACAUCUCCCACCGUUUCCACCAGGCCUGUGCCUCAGUACUGAAGGGCCAGACCUUCUGUCCACACUGUGGAGAGGAGGCCAGCAAGGCCAAGGAGGUAACCAUCGCCAAGGCCGACACAACCUCCACCGUGCCUGCCACACGUGCUGCACAUGACCCUGCCACGCCCAGGACCGCGGAGGGCAGGGCAGACACCACAACUGGAGGUCCAUUCUGUCUCUCUGUGGGAGGUGAUCUGGGUGGCCAAGCAGACAGCUCUCUCUCCAUCCCACCCGAGCACACACUGGACACCUCCUCCUUCCCUGGGGGCUCCAGAACCGGAGUUCUGCCUCCUGCUUUGGGCAUGGGGAUCAGCAUAGGAGUGGGCGCCGCCCCUAAAGAGACCUUAGAGAGCAUCCUACUGGCACUGGACACAGAGAAGCCCAAGAAGCUGCGGUUUCACCCCAAGCAGCUGUUUAUCUCUGCUAAACAGGGGGAAAUACAGAAGGUCUUGCUCAUGUUGGUGGAUGGGGUAGACCCUAACUUUAAGAUGGAGAGCCAGAGCAGACGCACCCCCCUCCAUGUAGCAUCUGAGGCAGGCCACCAGGAGAUCUGUCACCUGCUGGUUCAGUCUGGUGCUAACCUGGACAUCUGCGAUGAGGACCAGCGCACGCCCCUGAUGGAGGCCUGUGAGAACAACCACCUGGAGGCGGUCUGCUACCUACUGAGGGCAGGAGCCAUCGCCAGCCACAAGGAUGUGGAGGGGUUCACUUGUCUCCACCUAGCUGCUAAGAUUGGCCAUUAUAACAUCGUGGAGCAUCUCCUCUCCACAGGACUCAUAGACAUCAACUGUCAGGACGAUGGCGGUUGGACGGCUAUGAUUUGGGCAACAGAGUAUAAGCACCUAGAGCAGGUGAAGAUGCUGCUCAAUAAAGGGGCUGACAUCAACAUUAGGGACAAGGAGGAGAACAUCUGUCUCCACUGGGCGGCCUUCUCUGGCAGUGUGGAGAUUGCUGAGCUCCUCCUAGAGUCCAAGUGUGACCUCCAUGCUGUCAACAUCCACGGAGACUCCCCCCUGCACAUCGCUGCACGGGAGAACAGGCUCGAAUGUGUCACGCUCUUUCUGUCUCGCGGGGCUGAUGUCAACCUGAAGAACCGUGAGGGGGAGACGCCGCCAGACUGCUGCAGCCACAGUUCCAGGGUGUGGCUCACCCUGCAGACUAACAGGAGGGUGAAGGAGGCCAGGAGCAGCACCCAGGGGGAGAAGGUCCUUAACAGAGACAUAGCCCGGGGGUAUGAGGGAGUUCCAGUCCCCUGUGUCAACUCAGUGGACAGUGAGCCCUGUCCGGAUAACUACAAAUAUGUCCCAGACAACUGUGUCACCUCCCCCAUGAACAUAGACAAGAACAUCACACACUUACAGUACUGUGUGUGUAAAGACGACUGCUCCUCAAGCAGCUGCAUGUGUGGCCAGCUUAGCCUGCGCUGUUGGUAUGACAAGGAUGGUCGUCUGCUCCCGGAGUUCUGUCGUGAGGAACCGCCCCUCAUCUUCGAGUGUAACCACGCCUGCUCCUGCUGGAGAACCUGCAAGAACCGCGUGGUGCAGAACGGACUGAGGGUCCGGCUCCAGCUGUUCCGGACCAGUCGUAUGGGCUGGGGGGUGCGGACACUGCAGGAAAUUCCCCAGGGAACCUUUGUGUGCGAGUAUGUGGGGGAGAUCAUCUCUGACGCAGAGGCAGAUGUCAGGGAAAACGACUCCUACCUGUUCAACCUAGACAGCAAGGAGGGUGACGUGUACUGUAUCGACGCCCGUUUCUAUGGCAACAUCAGCCGGUUCAUUAACCACAUGUGCGAGCCGAACCUGUUCCCCUGCCGGGUUUUCACGGCACACCAGGACUUGCGCUUCCCCCAUAUCGCGUUCUUCGCCUGCGAGACCAUCAAGGCUGGGGAAGAGCUAGGGUUUGACUACGGCGACCAUUUCUGGGACAUCAAGGGGAAGCACUUUAGCUGUGAGUGCGGCUCUCCCAAGUGCAAGUACUCAGCGGCGGUCAUUGCCCUGCGCCAGGCAGACAGCUCGCCCCAGGAAGAGCAGCACAGCACCCUCCCUGAUACCAGCUCCUACACCCCCUCCUGAGCCCACUCUCCCAGCCCCACAAAUAGGACUUCCAGGCCAGCAGAGACGCGUCUCCAAUCCCCCCCAGGCCAUGAGCCGUACAUCCCCAGACUUCCCACCUCCACCCCCAGGUGGAACCAUCACCACAAUGAACCUUCAGGCCCAUCACUGAGAUCAACAAUCAACCCCACAGAAACCCAUCUGCUUAAUGUCUCAUCCAGCUCUUACAUCACAUCCUUACCAGCACAAACUCUGAACUUCCACUGAAACUGCCCCUCAGUGCAGGACACAUUGGACAGGAAACAAUUCUGUAUGUUUGAUGUGUGUCUGAAGUGCUACAAAUAAAAAUGUUGGAGAAAAAUGGCCUUGCUAUGAGCCUGGCUCUUGUUUUGUUGGUUCCAAUUGGAAUUCUCAAACCUGCUUUGUGCUCCAUCCUGGGCAGUUGCCAUCUGGGUAAUGGUGUUUCCUAACCAGUGGUUUGAAUCAAGUUUGUACUAAGCAACAAUGUAUUCAUGAGAAACAUUUUCAGUGCGAAAGAAAUGUGUAGCAUGAGCGCCCAUACCCCUCAAAUCAUACCAUAGAAAUGAGCAAUGUUCAUGCACAAUUUAUAACAGUUGACGUAUUUACCUCAUAUGCUAUAUUUUGAUUGCGAACGGGACCGAGGACUUAAGUCACAAGCGUAGGUUUUUACUGGACUUCUUCUCUUGAGCAUUUCUACAGGAAAAUAAUGGUCAGUGCUAGAUAUCAAUAUCAACAAUAAAUACUUUUUAAUUAUCACCUUUAUAUUUAAAUAAUAGUUUUAAAUCGAAUUUUCUAUACAGAAUAACAUCAAGCGAGGUGUAUUGUAUGCAGAACAUCAGAUAUCAGGUUAAGGAAAGAGGAACUAUCGAUUUAAAAGUCAAUGAGGACACUGGCCAAUCAUCUCACUGUUCUGUUCAGAGGGGGCAGAGUGAAGUUGACAAUUGUCCAGGAAAGACUCUUGCAAUCUGUUUUGACCACACAAGGAGUGGCAGAUUAUUUUCUCAGUUAUUUGGCAUGAAUUCUUUUACAAUACAAUGGCCCCUUUCUAUUAACUAUUUGUCUGCUGGAAAGGGUGUAUAUGAAGGAUGGUGUGACAUUCAAUGGCCCAACUAAGGGUGUCAUGAUUGAGGAUUCUGGUGCACAAGUGUUUAGGUGGGAGUUGUCUAAACUGUACAGUUUGCCAUACUGUACCUGCUAAAAUUAAAGCAGAUGGAUUUUUUUUGUUAAAUCUGCAAGAUUUUUAAGCAUGUUUGAGGCUGACUCACUCUUUUGAACAUUGAGUCAAAAAUAUUAAUUUGCCACUUCUGGCGCCAUUAAAUGGGAUUUGAAUGUUAAUGGGGUGAGACUCAAGCAAAUGGUGCUGACGAGGUUUUUCCUUUUAUUCAUUUUGAAUUACUCACCAAGUGAAUACGAGUUGUAAAAUAAGAUAAAGAAGCAAGGUUUUCUUUCUUUCUUUUUUACAUUUAAAUGUACCUCCAGUUUUCUAACUGUAGUUACUGUAGUUAUCCUGUUAAUGUUGUUCCAUGAUUUCAUGUUGAUGGAAACCUACACAUUAUUCCCAUGUCUUUAAAUGUGGUUAGUAUGGUUAGUGAAUAUUGUGCACAUUUUCAAAUGUAUGAAAAUAAAAAGGUUAUAAAACAUGAAAAAUGAUUUGCUUUCUGUUACAUUUCUGGACUGAAACAUCUGUCUAAUUGGUUGUAUAUUUUUUCCAAUAAAUGUACUACUAAUG